UGUUGUCUAUCUGCCAUAGAUCAUGAAGUUUAUCCUAAAAUUCAAUAACUGCCUCUGACCCUUCUCUUUCAAAUUCACCAGCCUAGCUCAUAGUUUCUUUACCAUUCUUCAGCAUUCUCUUCCCUCACCAUUGUGGCCUAAACCCAUUGUUCUCCCCCCUCUCCAAAAUGGGGGGCCAAAAUUCAAAGCCCACCCCAGAAGCCGAAGCCAUGCCUCCUAGAAUACGUCCACUCCUACUGCGAAAGUAUGAGGAGAUCAGAAACCGGAUAAGGUCAAGAAGACUAAGACCUGAUGCUGCUCUCUCCAAGAAACAACUACUUAAGCCUGAGGAUAAUGAAGAGUUUCAGUCGUUACAACCUUCGCCUGAAAAUAGUUUAGUAUCUCCAAAGGUACAAACAAUACCGGAGAAGAAUAGUUCAAAAGUUGCACCAGUUUUGCUAGAUCAUAAUGAGAUUAAGGACCAAAAAAAUAAGGAGGAAAAUAAAUUAGAGAACAGCAUUGAAGAACAUAAAGAGAAAGAAAGUGGGAAAGAGGCAAAGGUUGUGCCUGUGUACAUAGGAGGGGUUUUUACACUGGAGCAAGCCGCAGAUGGAGAGGAAGAGAAUGAAGAUCAUGAAGAUAUGCGGAGUAUCAACUACCAAAUGUUUAUGUGUCCUUCAUCGCCAAGUUUCCGAGUUUAUUGCCAAGAACCAAUGGAAUUUGAAAAGGAAUUGGAAAAGGAAACUGACAAGGAUGCAAGUAAAUAUGACAAAACUUACAGCACAGUUGAGGAUAUCAACCACAAAAAAACGGAUAGUACCGACAGCAGCGUUGAUAGCAUAGCUGAUAAGAAUGAAGGCCAGGACACCAAAACACAGAAGAAAGCAAGGAGAAGAAGAAUGAAAAAUCCAUUCCAAAUGGGAGGACCAGCAGACUGUUCUGUAAAGAAUCUGUUGAAUGUUAGAGGUUGCACUGGCCACGACAGAGCCACCCUUCUUGCUGAGAAAUCUGCAGCUACGUGAUUAUGAUGGGAACAGUUAGCUUGAGAAUUGAGAUACAUUGUUGACCCAUUACCUGAUAGCUUCAGCUUUUAGGAGUUUAGUGGUUGUCUAACAUGGUAUCACAUCUCUGAUUCCAAAAGUUCCUCGACUUAAAACCCCCCAACUUUGUCCCCCACUGGUCAACUUAUCAUGUUAACCUGAAGGGUGGGACUGCAUGCAUGGUUACUGUGCAGAAUCGGGAGGUGCACAAAGAAAGGCGUUAGCAUGAGUGCUGUUUAAGAUGGAGGAACAAGAAUAGCGAUAGUAUUCUCAGAUUUCUCUUUCCAUCUCUAGUGUUGUACUUUCUCUGCCAUUUGGAUUUUCUUUUCCUUUAAAUUACGACUCAUAAGUCGAGUCCUUUUGCAAAGGUAGGAAGUUUAUCAGAUAAAAAAUGUGUCAUAAUGUAAUCAGAAAAUGCAUUAUGAAUACAUUUCACA